CACAUUAUCGAGUGAAAUUUGACCGGGGUGAAGCACGGGUGGAGGUCGACAACGCACACUUAGUGCCUCUAAGGAUCUAUGCAUGUCCGCCAGCUCCUCCUUCAGCCUCACGGGCUCCGUCUCGCCGCUCGCAGCAUUCCCCAUGAUGAUGAUACAAAUCUAAUGGCGACUCUACGUUGAAGUGGGUUUAUUGUGAAUUUUGUGUUGUGUGAGACACAUCAUGUACGGUGCUGGUGAAUUUCGUGCGAAUUGUUGAUUAUGGUGCUGCUCGACAAGAGGAAGGAGGUGCUGCGACUGUACCGCGAGAUCCUGCGCACCACGCGCAUGUUCCCGCACCGCAACGAACAGGGCCAGCUCUGGUCAGACGUGCUGCACAAGAAUGCGCGUAUGGAGAUAGAGCAAAACCGCUACGAGACGGACGGCGAGACCAUCUCCAAGCGCAUUCUUUUCGGCUGGAAGUGUCUGCAAGAAGUUCAGGAAAAGAUGAUGGAGAAACAGCAAGAACUGUCGACCAUGGCAUCAAACCCAGACACUGACAAGAAACAGUAAACAAGUAGGAACAAACUUGGACCAUGACAACAGAAACUGGAGAUAAUCGCCAACUUGAAAUUGUUGAAACAAUAUCAACUUUACUUUUAUGUUGUGACGAUUCAUGAAA